AUGACUUGUAUUGGUUCGUAUCUUGAAAAUUCUGAGGAGAUGCUUUCAGACAGAUUUGAAGUUUGCAUUUUAAUGAAGAUUAAUGAGAAUGAAUGUCAAGUUGUAAGCUCUUUGUCCCCUAAAUCUUCUUCCCAAUGUUUCGUAGAGGCUUCUUUGGUAGAGAAGCGCUGGAUGCUAUUUUCGUUCUUGGAACUUUACAGAUUUGGCAAACGCUAUCUGCUAUUUAAGACGGUAGAUACUUCUCCACUUCUUCUUCCUCCUCCUUCCGUCGCCGUCGCCGUCGCCGUCGCCGAUCGAAGCAUGUCUCUCUCCAAGAUGCCGGUCGUGGAUGGGGAACGGGGCCCGGACGCCUCGUCCUUCUCGUUGGACUCCGAAAGGACUCUGUAUCCGUAUGUGACGGGCACGUCCGUGGUGGCUUUCAAGUACAGGGAUGGGAUUCUGAUGGCGGCCGACAUGGGAGGAUCUUAUGGAUCCACCUUGAGAUACAAAACUGUUGAGCGAAUAAAGCCUAUUGGGAAACAUUCUCUCCUUGGGGCGAGUGGAGAGAUAAGUGAUUUUCAGGAGAUAUUACGAUAUCUUGAUGAACUGAUUCUUUAUGACAACAUGUGGGAUGAUGGGAAUUCCUUGGGGCCGAAAGAGGUGCAUAAUUAUCUGACUCGGGUUAUGUACAAUAGGCGGAAUAAGUUCAAUCCAUUGUGGAACUCACUGGUUCUAGGUGGAGUUAAGAAUGGACAAAAAUAUCUUGGCAUGGUUAGCAUGAUCGGUGUGAAUUUCGAAGAUAACCAUGUGGCGACUGGGUUUGGAAAUCACCUUGCACGGCCAAUUCUUCGGGACGAGUGGAACGAGAACUUGAGUUUUGAAGAUGGUGUUAAGCUGUUGGAGAAGUGCAUGCGUGUGCUUCUGUAUCGUGACAGAUCUGCAGUUAACAAGCUUCAGAUUGCAAAAAUCACUGAAGAAGGAGCAACACUUUUUCCACCCUACUCUUUGAAAACCUUCUGGGGCUUUGAAGCAUACAAGAACCCCACUGUUGGUGCAGAAGGUUCAUGGUGAACUUUGAUCUGCAUCUUCUUAUGUUUCUUUAGACCCUGUUCUUGCCAUAUGUUAAUCGUGUGAUGUGACUCAAAAAAUGUGUUUUUAGAUGUUUCGGAGAGGCUUCUUUGGUAGGGAAACUGUUGAUUCUACUUUCAUCCUGAAUGUCAAUUGCCUUUUACA